UCUUGUACAUCGUUGUCUUCGUCGCUGCUCUUCGUAUGAGCUGGCAACCUUGGCGCAGAUGCACUGCAAAAAAAAAAGAAUAAUUUUGUUGUCGGGUGUGUGACCUCUCACCAUGGCUUAAUAAUCUUUGCACCGGCGGACCGCUCGCUUCAAGCUGCCACAAUAAGAACCCUAAAAAGCGAGAUGCUCCGAGGUCCCUGCGGCUCCAAACGAACAACACCGCCGCCGAUACCGGUCCGGGGAUAUAGCAAUGCUUUUCAAACGGAGAGCCAGGAUGUUGGGCUGGGUGAUGUGUCGUCGUGUGGGUCCUCUAUGGAUGUGGAACACGUUGCUCGUCUUCGGGGUCAUCGCGUUCGCCAGCCAACUGCUAGGAUACAUCUUCAACAAGAGCUCCAGCAGCAUCCAGCUGGCUGCCCACGCCAUCUUAUCGUCCUCUGACUCCCAGGGUCCUUCCCUGGGCUCGUGCAGUCCCCACACCCACAUCAUGUUCCUGAAGACCCACAAGACAGCCAGCAGCACCGUGACCAACAUACUCUAUCGCUUCGGGGAGGAGCACCACCUCCGCUUCGCCCUGCCACUUGGCUACCAGCUGGGCUACCCCCUGCCCUUCGUCGCCAACAGGGUCAAAGGUUACCAAUCGCCCGGUGCUCAGGAGUUCCACAUCAUGGCCAAUCACCUGAGGUUUAAGAAAACUGAGGUGGAAAAGGUGAUGCCUGCAGACACCUUCUACUUCUCCAUCAUGCGGGAUCCUGUCGCAAUUGCGGAGUCCUCCUUCGAUUACUACAAAGCAACCACCCCUGCAUUUUGGAAGGCUAAAACGUUGGGCGAUUUUGCGGACGAUCCGUGGAAAUACUACAACCCGCGUGCCAGGAACAACCACUACGCCCGCAACUUGCUGUGGUUCGACUUUGGGAUGGACCACAAUGCAAAUUUUUCUGUUAGCCUGGCACGUCGCGGCGAGGCGCUAAUUCGCCACACCUUCAAGUUAGUCCUGAUGACGGAAUUCUUUGACCAAUCCAUGAUCCUCCUCAGACAUGCCCUCUGCUGGCCUCUGGACGCCGUUGUCUCGUUUAGCCUUAACGCUAGGCAGCGGAAGCUGGGUGGACGAGGCGGUGGUAGUGGUCGUUCCCAAAGCAAUCCGGUUCUAUCGGAGGAUCAGCAGGAAAAGCUCCGCCAGUGGAAUGCCUUUGACUGUUUUAUAUACGACGCCUUCAACCGGACCUUCUGGGAGAAAGUGGACAAGUUCGGCAAGUCCCGCAUGGAAGAGGAAGUGGGUCUCCUCCGGAAGCGUCGAGAAGCGCUCACUCGGUUGUGUCUCAGGGACGGAGGUAAGCCUAUAGAGGCCCAUCACAUCCGGGAUAAAACCAUACGACCAUACCAGAGUGGACUUGUGAAAAUUCUGGGCUACGAGCUGCAACCGGGUCUAGACAAUUCUACCAGGAUAGCGUGUCUGAGGAUGAUCCGACCUGAGCUCCAGUACAAGGACUUGCUGGACGCCAAACAGUUCCCACGAACUCGAGGACAACAGUCGGACCACCGGAUUCAGACGGAUUCUGGACUGAUGAAGGCCGGAAGAGGAAAGUCUGAACCGGUUUGAGCCAAAAAAAAACAAGCCUCUUUUGCACUUCCACGUUGUAGUUGUUUGCCUCGCGUCAUUCUUGUCCUUUUGGGAUGUUUAUGAGACGGAGUGACGGUUUUACGGUACUGUAGGUUAUUAUUGUUAUUGCACAAUGUUGUUGUUAUGCUACAUCCUCAGCCAGAGGGGUGUACUGUGAAGCGAGUUUAGUGGGUUAGCAAGGUCUGUUCCGUGGACUACGAAGGUGGCUCAUCUUUAAAGUGGCUUUUUCACCAUGGUAACUUUGGCUAAACUCAUAAACUGGAAUAUUCUGGAAUUGGAAGAUUCUCACAGUUAGAGCAGAGAAAACCUGUUUAUGACUUUCUAAAUACGGUUUUUAACAUUAUUAGAGCCCUGUAGACAUGAAAUAAGACCCCUAUCGUCACGUUUUCAGCAGAAAGCUGAAAGAAUGGAUGAUACCUGGUUGGGUGCACGGAAAUUCACAGUUGGGACUGGAACCAAUUCACCGCGAUAAACAAGGGACUACUGUAGACCAGUGGUUCCCAAACUUUUUACAGUGGCGUACCCCUUCAGAUAUUUGACCUGAAGCCAUGUACCCCCUACUCCUGCACAGUUAAAAAACAUCUACCUUUUGAUCUUAAUUCACUUGAAGUAUUGAACAUAGUGAAUUGGUUAAUUAAUUUUACACUCUUAAUUGUGAGUUUUAGGUGCUAAUUGUUUUUCAUUUUUAUUCAUGUACCCCCUGUGACAAUUGCUGUACCCCACUUCGGGAACCUAGGCUGUAGCCACAUUUCAAAGAUGAAAAAGACAGUUUUUGCUCCAGUUUAUUUUAUUUUAUUAUUUUAUUAAAUUGAUAAGUGUUAAUAUGUAAAUGUUGCACAAUGUUGAGCUUUCAGAAAUGAAAACACUAAAGGAUAUGCAGUUGCGAAGUCGCGGUUCCAACAUCACUCCCACACUCUUUCAAAAAAUAAUAAAUGAUUGCUGUUUCGCAGUUGACUAUGGCCUCUUAUUAGUCAAGAAAUAUUGAAAUACAAGUUAUAUAUAGUAUUCUGGUCACUAGGCGUCAGUACUGACACAAAACAUUGAUGGGACAUGACAUUACAUUACAUUACUUUCACACUGCAUGUGGUCAGCCGUGGCAUGUCCAACAUGAUAGAGUGAAAAAAGUUCUCCUGUUUUGUGUGGAAAAGGUACAUUUUUGGCUUCUUACCUUUUUCCCCACUCUGUUUGAAACACUAAGUUUCGGAUAAGUAAAUUUCAGAGGCUAACUACUGUGGUUAGCUUGGUAGCUUCCUAUCUUAUGUCCCUGCAGUGAUCCCAUAGCCUGCGCAAUGUGGUGUAAACAAAGAAUAAUUUGAGUAGAAAGGUGACUCUACCGGUGUUAUGUCAUGUCUACAGGGCUCUAAUAAUGGUAAAUAUUGUAUUUAGGAAGUCAUAAACAGGUUUUCUAUGCUCUUAACUGCAAAAAUAUUCCAUUUGAUCCUAGUUCUUGGUAAUUCACUAUCGCGGUCGGGUCUGGAACCAAUUUACCGCAAUAAUCGAGGGAUGACUGUACGGGGAAUUUAGGUUUUGUUGAGCUGCAUGAGUGCAAAGCGCCCGUGUACGUUGAGCCACUUUCGCAGUACAGGCCUCAGGGCUAUUCAACGACAUAACAAAGAGAGCCACACUUUCACACACUUCAAGGCCCAGGGGCCGAACACGCGCUGCCCCAUUAAGCUCACUUGACACGAGUAGCCCCAUUUUGAAUGCUUUUAUUUAUAUAACUUUAAAACAUAGAAUUCCACAAACACUGAACUCUGUAUUUUAAAACGAAGCAGUUUGAGUACAACAAAAGUGCAUUUAACAAAAUAAGGUGCAUUACCGCGAUGUUUCAAAUGAAAAAUAAGUUGAAUCACACCAGUAUUUUACGUAAAAUGAACAUUGUCUAGUAGGCGUAACUAAGGUCUGACACAGCACACAAAUAUACACAUUUGGCCAACAAAACAGCAUCUUUCUUACAACGGAUAUGACUGUUGAUGGAUGCCAUUACUUGGUUUUUGAAAGGCUUUUUCUUAUUAGCAAGCAUCCAUGCUAUCCAAGCUAUAGUUGCCUUCUGUUGUGUAGAGCAGGACCAAGACAAAAUAAUCCGGCUUUCAAACUUCUACAUUUCUGUGUGCGUGUAUAUGAACCGAGGGGAUGGACUGUGUCAAAGUUUUGAUGUUUGCUCUGAAAGUGCCUCCGUGGGUUUUGUUCCUGUGAAACAGCGUUUACUUCGCUACUAAGUAAAGACAUCGGCUUUCCCACUGCAUUUUCGAUAAAUGCAUAUUUUGUAGUCGAGUCGCUGUGAAAAGUCCCAAAUUUCAAUAGCUACUUUUCUUCUUCUACUGCUUCUUCAUUGUGAUGCGUGCGCCUUGCUGUUUCCCCCUGCAGAGCGGUGGAGGUACUGCAUGAAUGAGCCCUUCGACUGUAGUUUGAAUGGCUUCAUUAUUUGGGUGAUGUUUGGCGGCACAAAUUCAAAACAAGAUGUGGCCGCCAGUCGAAUAUCUCUGUCCUAAGCUUUUACUUCAAGCGUAAUAAUACAGCAGAGCCUCUAAAAAGUCAGACAAAGUCAGAGAUUGCUCAAGAAAAAAAUGAUUAUGCUGGACAUCUUACGAAAAUAUUAGGGCCACACUGAAAACAAGGAAGAAUGGGCAAAUGAAAAGGAAAAAAAUGAUUUUUUGAGAGACAAAAAAAAUAAUGCAUUUGCAAGAAUAAAGUCACAGUAUUACAAGAAAAAAAUUGCAGUUACGAGAAUUAUGUGGUCAAUGGAAAUGAAAAGCUACAAAGUUAGGGGGAUAAGGUUUGUGAUGUUACAAGUGGAAAGUUGCAAAGUUAAAAGAAUAAAAUUGCAAUGUGAGAAAGUUGCAAUAUGAUGACAAACACAUUGUAGUUCCGACAGCAAAGUCGUAGUAAUGCCAGAAAAAUGCCAACAAGUUGUUGGAAUAAAGUUGUAGCGACACAGGAAAAACGGAUACAAAGAGACAGCUCAUUACUGCACAUAGUGGGAACAACUUAAAGUAUUCCACCUAUAAAGCCCUCUGAAAAAGCCUCCAAAAAGCACCAACAAUGCUACAUUUUCAAAUCCUGUGACGUGCAUAUUCACCAAGCUACAGCGACAUUGUUAUUAUUAUUAUUAUUGUUAACACGGUUACACCAAUCGAACUACGUUACUGGCGCCUUGACACUUACUGUAGCUGUAACUCACCAGCUGGCCAGCGGGCUAGCAACUAGCUUCACCACAGACUCACAAUGCCUCAAACCACUACAAAAAAGGUAAGGAUACAUAUUGCACCUGACACCACUGCUGCUGAGUUUUUAUUUCUCAGUUUGGAAAAGUUAACGCUAGAUAUAGGUGUUCGUUUCUAUAUUGCUAUGUGAAAUCAAUGCUUAAAUGCGGUAAUGCUUAAAAAUGGCCAAAAUGCGCAAAAUGCUGGAAGUAUUACAUGUUAUUAUGAAUGUGGAUAUGGUCACAGCAUAGAUAUAAAACCAUAAAACCUUGUUGGAGGAGGUGUUUUAAUAGCGGUCUUUAUAGGCAACCUACAGUGGUUUAAAAGAGGGUUUGCCCCCUUCCUGAUUUAUUUUAUUUUUUUGCAUGUUUGUCACGCUUCAAUAUUUCAGCUCAUCAAACAAAUUUACAUAUUAGUCAAUGACAACACAACUGAACACAAAAUGCAGUUUUAAAGGAAACUUUUUAUUAUUAAGGGUGGAAAAAAAUCCAAACCUACAUGUCCCUGUGUGAAAAAGUGAUUGCCCCCGAAAGCUAAUAACUGGUUGGGCCACCCUUAGCAGCAACAACUGCAAUCAAGCGUUUGUGAUAACUUGCAAUGAGUCUCUUACAGCGCUGGAGAGACAUUUUGUCCCACUCGUCUUUGCAGAAUUGUUGUCAUUCAGCCACAUUGGAGGGUUUUCCAGCAUGAAGCGCCUUUUUAAGGUCAUGCCACAGCAUCUCAAUAGGAUUCAGGUCAGGACUUUGACUAGGCCACUCCAAAGUCUUCAUUUUGUUUUUCUUCAGCCAUUCAGAGGUGGACUUGCUGGUGUGUUUUGGAUCAUUGUCCUGCUGCAGAACCCAAGUUGUUUUCCGGACAUUUUCCUUCAGGAUUUUUUGGUAGACAGCAGAAUUAAUGGUUCCAAUUAUCGCAGCAAAACAGCCCCAGACCAUCACACUACCACCACCAUAUUUUACUGUUGGUAUGUUCUUUUUCUGAAAUGCUGCGUUACUUUUCACCAGAUGUAAUGGGGGACACACCUUACAAAAAGUUCAACUUUUGUCUUGUCAGAGUAUUUUUCCAAAGGUCUUGGGCAUCAUCAAGAUGUUUUCUGGCAAAAUUGAGACGAACCUUAAUGUUCUUUUUGUUCAGCAGUGGUUUUGGUCUUGGAACUCUGCCAUGCAGGCCGUUUUUGCCCAGUGUCUUUCUUAUGGUGGAGUCAUGAACACUGACCUUACCUGAGGCAAGUCAGGCCUGCAGUUCUUUGGAUGUUGUUGUGGGGUCUUUUGUGACCUCUUGGAUGAGUCGUCUCUUGGGGUCAUUUUGGUUGGCCGGCCACUCCUGGGAAGGUUCACCACUGUUCCAUGUUUUCGCCAUUUGUGGAGGGGUUUGCUAGAGUCCCAAAGCUUUAGAAAUAGCUUUAUAACGGUUUCCACACUGAUAGAUCUCAAUUAUGUUUUAACGGGGGAGCAGUCACUUUUUCACACAGGGCCAUGUAGGUUUGGAUUUUUUUUUCUCCCUUAAUAAUAAUAAAAAAAUCAUUUAAAAACUGCAUUUUUUGUUUAGUUGUGUUGUCAUUGACUAACAUUUAAAUUUGUUUGGUGAUCUGAAACAUUUAAGUGUGACAAACAUGCAAAAAAAUAAGAAAUCAGGAAGGGGGCAAACACUUUUUCACACCACUGUAGGCGGAUCCCAUUACGUGCAGUCACGAGCUUUUGCUUUUUAUCAGUUUUUAUAUCUUUAGAACGCACAGUAAGACAUACAGUGUGUGUUCAUGUCUCACAUAAGGCUUGUGGUUUAUGGACAGAAUCCCCCCCAAAAAGUGCAGUUUUCCUUUAAGAAUUAAGUCAUAAUGUUACAAGUAAAAAAUCCUGUUUCGAGUUUAAAAUUGCAAAUUCGCAGCAUUACCAGAAAAAAAGUCAGUGUUAAAUGAACUGUGUAAAGUUGAAAUGUUGCAUAAAUGUAUGAUUAUUAUGAUAGAAAACUUGGAAAAGUUCAGAGAAAAAGUUGUAUUAUUGUGAGAAUUACAAAAGUAUAAAAAGAAUGAAUGUCAUAGUGUGCUGAUUGCGUGUAAGUCACAAUAUUACGACAAAAAGUCUUCAUUCGCAGUGUUCCCAAAAUAAAGUCAGUAUUACAGGAAGCAAGUCGUAAAGUUAAAGUUGCAAGAAGAAAUCGUUUUUUCUUGUAAUAUCAAAUCUUUAUUCUUGUAAAAUGUUAUUGUUGAACUUUUUUCCAUGUGAAAUGAUUGCGUUUGUUCUCAUAGAAUUUUUGUUUGUUUCGGUGCGGGUCUAUAAGCUUGCUUUUUCUUUUUCUUUGGCUUUUAUUUUGGUGAUAUUUAUUGUAUAUAUCACAGAACGGUUCCACUGAACAAGAAAAGUGUGAUGAUGGCCAUAGAACUGUAGAACCAAAAAUUUCAACAUCAGAGGUUCUGUGGUAUUUGUAUUACUUUCCUUAUUGUUGAUCAUGGUACUUGAAAUGGUACGUUUUCUUUCAGCUCAUAUUUUGUCUACACUACAAGUGUAUUUGACGUUUUUAGGGAAAAAGGUACUUUAGGUUUUUGGGGCUUUUAAAAAAUAUAUUGUACGUGAUUUUAGAUUUGCAUGCCAAGGUUUUUUUUUUAAUAGAAAAAUGGUACUCUUUAAAAUUAAUAAAAAUGAACGAUAAGAAUUUAAUUAGGGCAAAAUAAUGGGAUAUUAUUUUGUGGGGGAUGAUGUAAUGGAUACUGCAUAAAGUAUUUCCUCAAAUAGGGUCUUUUUUUUUUAGAUGCCGCGCCUAAAUUGAAUCACUUUUUUCUCCUUUUUUAUUAUAGUAUUAUAUGCAUUAUUACAUGUAUCAUUUAAAAAUGUUUUAAAAAUAUACAUUAAUUUAUAAUUUGUGAUUUUCAUCCAAAUGUUAUUUCUUUAACAUGACUGAUAAAAACAUUGAAAUAUGUUUUUUAUAGUAGUAUUAUUUUAAUUAGGCAUUUAUUGUGCAAAAAAAUGAUCACAAAUAUAUAUAAUUGUUUGUAAUAUUAUAUAAAUGUCUCACGUCUGAUAUAUUUUGCCUGGUACUCUUUGCGGUUGAGUAUUACCCCAUUUGACAUCAUUACAGCAUUAUUUGAUCUUAAAUUGUAAUAGAAAAAUAGUAAAAAACAAGUCACUCACGCAUAUUUCACUCCUGUGACUGUGCAUUUUCGUCCUGGCGUCGUUCCGCGGUACUAUAGCGUUUUUGGAUCCUUGUUAAAACAUAUUGCUGCAGACGAACCGAAGAUUCAUUUGCAAGCUAGCAUGCUAGCAAUGACACUGGAGACAUGGCAGGAUGACAAGAAGGAGGUUGAUUGACAAAGGUCUACAGCCAAUCAGGGCCCAGAAAACAGUGGGCGGUGCAGACAGACAAGAGGGAAGAGAGAGACACUCAACUUACCACAACGCAAUUCUUCUUAAAGGGCCAGUCUUGGCCUGUAACAGUGUUCAAACGCUGUAAACAUUUUUUUUUAAAAAAACACUAAAAUUCUGCAAAAGGUGAACCGCAAUAGAGCUAGGGAACACUAUAUACCAAUUUAUUAUAAUACAUACAAUGAUGUAAUAUACCAUUUUAAUUUGGUAUUUGUGUACUAAUUAUUUUUAAAAUAUGUUCUCAUAAUAUUAUUUGGGGAAAAAAAGUAUUCCUGCAGGCAUGUAAUGCUUGGUACUCUCUGCAGUUGAGUAAAUAAAAAGAGGUCCCUAUUUGAGGAAAAUAUUUUACAAUUUGAGAAUUGCUGUCAGUCUGAAAUAAGGUUUUUUUUUAACUCAAUUUAAUAAUUAGUAAAACAAACCUUAAAUGAAGGGAACGUUGCUGUUUUUGGGAGGUUUUUUUUUUUUACUCUAAUGAAUGAUAAAACAAAGUUUAAAUGACGGGACGUUGCUUUUUUUUAAGCUUUGCUUUACUGACAGUGGGUUAGAAAAAUAUUUUUAAAAAUACUAAAAAUAACCCGUAUUUUU